AUGAUUCUUUCUUUCUUUCUUUCUUUCUUUCUUUCUUUCGUUCAUGAUUCUUUCUUUCUUUCUUUCUUUCUUUCUUUCUUUCUUUCUUUCUUUCUUUCGUUCAUGAUUCUUUCUUUCUUUCUUUCUUUCUUUCUUUCUUUCUUCCAUGAUUGGUUGAUUCUUUCUUUCUUUCUUUCUUUUCUUUCUUUCUUUCUUAUUACUCCAUUAGCAGAGCUAAAUAAUUUACACCACAUAUAUACAUACAUACACAAACAGAUCUAUCUAUCUAUCUAUCUAUCUAUCUAUCUAUCUAUCUAUUACAGUUUCUUCAUUUUCUAUCUAUUGCAACUGACUAUUUUAAACGUCAUUAUUAAUGAUCUAUCUAUCUAUCUAUCUAUCUAUCUAUCUAUCUAUCUGUCUGUCUGUCUGUCUGUCCUCUGUCUGUCUGUCUGUCUAUCUAUCUAUCUAUCUAUCUAUCUAUGUCUUUGUCUGUCUGUCUGUAUUUUAAAUGUUGGAGCAGCUAAAGAAUGGCGUCCUAUUUCAUUAUAA